AUGCAGCAUUCUCUCAAUACACUGCCUGUCAUCUCAGCCAGUCCUGAAACUGUGUCUGCCUCCACGUACAGGCUGGCAAUUGCCAGAAACAGACAGGCUCAGUACCAGCAGUGGCUGCUGAAGAGUCCCAACACCUACCACGAAUGUCUCCAAGCAGUGGACCUCAGGACCAAGGACAUGGCAAGAGUGGGACAGGGGACCGCAAAUUUAAUCCAAGUGCAUCUUCCUCACAAGGAGACAGGGUGGUCCAGGAUGCACCAACUGGAGGAGAAGCAACGGCUGGAAAACCCAUGGGGAAUUCUGAGAUACCACGCAGGUAAAAUUGUUCCUUUAUCCAGUGUCCCCACCCUCCGGAUACUUCUUACUAACACAAAGGUGCCAAGAAGUACGAAAGUACUAGUAGCAGGAGUGAAAGAUAAACUUAAUAAGCUACCAAGCAUAAUAAAACCUGUCCUGGAUUCAAUAGAUGCUAUUUCAUGCGAGUGUGAACGUGUUCUGGCUGCAAUAGCAUCUGGCAAUGCCAUAGAUGAGCACUAUACAAUCCUGGAGGAACUUAUUGACAUCAACCAACACCACCUGAAUGUUAUUGGAGUGGGCCAUUCAUCACUGGACAGAUUGUGUCAAAUAACUGCAACAUAUGGUCUACACAGCAAACUGACCGGUGCAGGAGGUGGUGGAUGUGGCUUAACACUGCUUCGACCAGACACAAGUCAUUCUGUGGUGGAAGCAUCAACACAGGCUUUAAAAGACUUUGGUUUUCUUCGUUCCUCUUUUCAAGAAGGAUACAGAUCAACAGCUGCCAGGAGCCAUCCCCUAUCUUACCCAGUUUUAUUUGUGAACCCAGACCAGCUUGAUCGUGGCAGGCAUUACAACAGUCAGAUUAUGUCCUGACCUGAUGUUAAUGUACCAGUGUUUAAUUUGGAACAGAAAGCUUUCAUUACUUUUUCUCUGUCUCUCUCUAUCUUAAGAACACUAUGUUUAAGUAUAGUUUCUGUAUUGCCAACAUUCAGCUGUUUCAGCAGGACCGAUCAAGGACCAAACUUUUGAUGACUGCUUCUGUAUAAUACAGUAAUAUUGCCCUUACCAAAUAAACUAUCUUGCAGUACAUCUC